GUCGGGCGCGUGUCGCAGGCGGUGGGGCGCCGUCGCGCAGUUUCCGUGCUGCAUGACCACCUGCGUAGCCCUGCGGCGAGGCGCCUUUGGCCUCGUACGACGGCGGUCGUCGACCAUCGAGUGUCUGGCCAGCGACACGAACAUCUCGGCUUGCAGGCGCCUUCCCACCUUGCUGCGCUGCGAGGCGCUUCAGACCCCGCCGCCGGUAGCCCCGUGGACGACGCUCGCCUGCGCGGACGAGCCCUUUGCGUGCGCACCGCUCGCGCAUAGAGACCUUGUACGGCGCCUGGAUAACGCCACGGCGACGCCGACCAUCACGGCGGCCGUCACCGUCGUCCGACCGGACUCCGUCUCGGACCAGAGCUGCCUACCAACGAUCGCACUCGGCGUGGCCCUUGCGCUGGCGUGCACGCUCCUUCUCGUCCUCGUGCGCCGCCGGUUCCUGCAGACGCCGGUGGACACGGACAGCAUGGUCGUCCUCUCGACCGAGAAGCACCGCGUGGAGCUGACGCCGCCGAUACUGGGCUCGACUGCGUUUGCCGAGACGCUCGCGGUCGAUAUGGGCGACGUCGUCCUCUACCGCAUCGACACUGCCAAGGUUACGGCGACAGCAACGACGCUUGCGGCCGGCGAGUUCACCGACAUCAUGCUUGGCGCAUACCAAGGGUCGCCCGUCGCCAUCAAGCGCCUCUCGCCCACAUGCAAGCGCGAUCGCACGCACAUUGUCCUCAACCUCCAGCACGAGCUGCUUCUGCACUCGACACUAGAAAGCCCGUACCUCGUCCAGGUCCUCGGGUGUACGUGGGUCCGGCGCUUCGACUUGGCGCUUGUCAAGGAGUUCAUGGCAGGCGGCGACCUCCGAUCGCUCUAUCAGCGUCAACGACUCGAUGUCCCAUCGCAGCUUUGCAUUGCCAAGGACGUUGCACUGGGCUUGCGGCACCUGCACGCUCUCUCGCUGCGACACGCGCGGCUCUCGUCGUCGCACGUGCUUGUCGACCUGAGCGGCCACGCCAAGCUCAUCGGCCACGGCCUCGACGGCAGCUGCGACGCGCUCUUGCUCGGGUCGGAGCGCUUUCGCUGGGUCGCGCCCGAGGUGCUGCACGGCGACGUCGUGACGGAGGCUGCAGACCUGUAUGCCUUCGGGACGCUUCUCUGGGAGAUGGACCAGCACGACGCUCCCUUCGCCGCGUACCAAGAAGCACAAGGGUGGACAGCAGCGCAGAUGAUGGAGAAGGUCCGGCGCAACCGACGGCUGCCACUGCCCUUCUCGGCCACCUGCCCCAAUACGAUGCGAGAUGUGGCGCUGCAGUGCAUGGCAUUCGACCCGAGCGACCGCAUGAGUGCGCUCGACGUGUGCAUUCGUCUCGAUAGUUUGUCCUAACAUUGACGACUAUGCCUUGUCAAUGAAUGAUGGCUCAAGC